AUGUACUCCUACUCCUCUGGCGAUGCGCUCUUUGAUGCGCAAGCCGAGCGCCUCUUUGCUGACAUCGACAAACAGUUGGACAGGUGGAACAAUAAGUACGGGCCGAGAAAUUUGUGUGCGGCGCCGGAAAAAUUACAGUCCGUGGGAAGGAACACCCACGCUGAUGAAGCAGCUGCCUGCCGGAAUACGAACUCCAAGAGCCUUGGGCGUAAGCAACGUUCAGCUGCGUCAAGCCCCACCCAUCAUGGCGGCAGCAGCAACAGCAGCAGCCGUGACGAGAGCAUUCCUACUAGUUACUUAAAUGAGGAAUUGAAACUUGAGGUUUCUGCUCUAGUGGCACGUGUCAGUUUGUUGGAGGGACAGCUGCAGGUCGCUGAGAGUGAGCGCGCGGUUUUGCGAAAUCGAUUGGACGCUGCGCAGCAGCAGAUGUCGGAACUUAUUGAGGCCCAUAAAUCUCUUCAAAAUGAGUGCAUUGCAUUUCGGACGCAGGCGCUGUCAUCACCGCCGCGUGAUGCUGCGCAGGAAAGGGCACGGGAUGAAACUACUCACCCCUCUGCUGGUCAUUCGGCGCACAAUCGAUGUGGCAGUAGUGGUACUUGCUCGGGACCACUAACCGUGGCCUCAACGGAGUUGGUGUCUCCCCAUGCCGUUACUACUGUGCUUGGCCCCAACUUUAGCGGCGAGGCGUCAGACGCCGGACUAGGGGCCACGACGGCUCUGCGAAAGUCAUCUGCACAGGAACGUAAAAUGGCGCUUGAGCAACUUGCACGGCGCCUCCAUGUCUCCCUAACCCCCUGA